UGUCGCAAUAAAAAACAACCCAUGCAUUUUACGGCAGUCAGGACGUUUUCUGAUUGGAAGGUUCAUGCCGUAAACCGUUAAGUUCAGAACGCAUGUCAAGUGAGUUAUUGAGAAUGGAACCCAAAAAGAAAAUAUUUUCCCCUAAAGGUGGCAAGAAGUUAAUACAGAAAGGAAAAGAAGGUACAGGUAAACCGGGGACCAAACCAACCGGUAAAUCACCAGGGAAAAGGCCAUUUAAACCCCGCAGUGGGCAAAAGGGCAAGACGUUUGAGAAGACUGGAGGAAAGGGGGCUCCACAGAAAUUCUUGAACAAAAAACCCACAGAUGGAAAGUUCAUCAAACCCACAGAUGGAAAGUUCACCCAAAAGCGAAAAUUCAUACCUGGGAAGGCCAAGGAAGAGGAAGGUUCCGAGGCCAAGAAGCCCAAAUGGGACGAGUUCAAACAGCAGAAGAAGGAGCUGAAACAGAACCGGCAGCAGACUGAAAGAAAGGAGAGUUAUCAAAUAGUGAGCAGAGCCAAGCAAGUGUGGGAGAUGGUCAGAAGGAAAGAUUGCGGCAAAGAGAAGAGGAUCAAACUCAUGAAAGAGCUUCAGGAACUUGUGAAAGGAAAGAUAAAAACAAUAGCAUUUGCUCACGACUCCACCAGAGUCCUCCAGUGUUUCAUCCAGUUUGGGAACGACAAGCAAAGACAGGAGGUUUUUGAUGAACUCAAAGAUGAUAUGGUCGAGCUGAGUAAAUCAAAGUAUGCCCGAAAUAUUGUGAAGAAGUUUUUAAUGUAUGGGAGCAAGGAGCAGGUUGCGGGUGUGAUGGUGGGCUUCAAGGGGAAGGUGAGGCAGAUGCUGCGUCACUCUGAGGCGUCGUCGGUGGUGGAGUACGCGUACAACGACAAGGCCAUCCUCUCCCAGAGACUCAUGCUCACCGAGGAGCUCUACGGAACCACAUUCCAGGUCUUCAAGUCGGCAGUGUGUCCCACACUAGAGAAGGUGCUGGAGGCGAACCCGGACAAGGUUAAUGGCAUUUUGGAGGAGAUGAAGCAGAUCCUUACCCCCUUGGCCACAAAGGAGGCUGUGAUCAAACAUUCUCUGGUGCACAAAGUGUUUCUGGAAUUCUUCCUGCAUGCCCCAGCCAAACAGAGGACUGAAAUGAUUGAGUCAAUAAGGGAGUCUGUGGUGUAUAUGGCCCACACCCACGAUGGAGCUAGAGUAGCAAUGCACUGCCUGUGGCAUGGGACACCUAAGGACAGAAAAGUCAUCAUUAAAACCAUGAAGACCUACAUCGAGAAGUUUGCAAUGGGAGAGUUUGCGUUCCUAGUCCUCAUCGCUGCCUUUGACUGCAUAGAUGACACCAAGCUAGUGAAGCAGGCCGUCCUAUCAGAGAUUCUUGCUUCCCUGCCUGAUGUCAUCACUAAUAAGAAUGGAAAGAAAGUUGUGCUGUACCUACUCAGCCCGCGAGACCCCACCCACCUGUUACCUGAAAUCAUCCAGGUGCUGGAGAAGGGGGACGGAAACGCCCACAGCAAGAAGGAUGUUGCCCUUCGCCGGAAGGAGCUCCUGGAUGCGGUGUCUCCGCACCUGAUUCAGCACCUGUGUGACCACGCCCGCACCAUGGCAAUGGACAAGGCCUCCAGCAUCACCGUCAGGGACAUUCUGGGGUCCGCCAUUGGGGACCUGCAUCCUGCCAUGGAGGCUGUGGCUGAGCUGGCUGCUGACGACUUCACACCAGGAGGAGUAGAGGGGCAGCUGCACAUGGCUGAACACCCUGCUGGGCAUCUGGUGCUCAAAUGGCUGAUUGAACAAGACACCAAGAUGAAGGAGGUUGGGAGAGAAGAGCGUUUCUCCAGGGUCCUGUUGGACAAGGUGGGGAUGGACAAACUAAAGACGUGGGCUGCAGUGAACCGUGGGGCUAUCGUGCUCUGCUGUCUCCUGAACAGUGCAGACGAGACUGUUGCAGAGGAGGUUAGGGAGGCGUUGAAGGCCUACGCUCCAGAACUACAGAAGAUCCAGAACUGUAAAGGAGUGGAAUUUCUUUUGGAGAAAUUGGCCUGAUACAUAUUUCAUGAUGUCUAUCCUUAGAGACAGUCCACCCACUUGUGACUUUUCACCAACUGGAGUAACAGGUUUUCAUUACUUCACUGGGGUUUAUAUCGUUUUCUCAUGACUCCACCCAGUCCAUUGACCUGACCAUCCUGGUGAAAUAGCGUGAAGAACAGAGGACGCUUAUUUGUACUGCAUUUUUUUUUGUCCAGAUAAUUCCGAUAUGCUUGUUUGUAAAGCUGUGGUGCAAGUAUUUUAAAGGUAAAAGAUACCCACAUACUGGCAGACAGUGAGUUUGUAACUGACCUGUAUUUUUGAUUUGUGCUAGCUGACUGCGGCGCUGAAAUAAACAAAUGUUGGUUGGUACACUA